AUGACGGCCCCGGCCAUCCCGGCCCCCCUCACGGGCGUUCCCUUCCUGAAGGCGUCCCACAUUCAGCUGGGGGCGGAGCGCUGGGCGCCGGGAAGCGCUCGUCAGCCAUUUUCUCACACCCAGUUCCCCCCCUUCUGGGGGGUUCACCGGCCACCGCCGGCCCCGCCACCCUGCAGCGGGCGGGUGCUGAGCCCGAGGGGCGGCGGCGGCGGGGGAACCUGCUCGGAAACUCGCCUGGCGUUUCCAGAGAGGCCCCUGCAGCCAGUGGCCCCGUUUGUUCCCCCAGAGUCGUAUGUCCGCAUGCACACAGAUCCCCGCAUCCGCGUCCUCACCUCGGAGACGAGGGAGAGCUUCCCCUGUCCCCGCCUCCCCCUCCAGAGACCCCCCCUGCCCACGGCCAAGAAAUGGAAGGAUAACAUUCCUUGUGGAGACAGGGAGAAAAUAAGGCUCCCUCCUUCCAUCUACACCGUCUCGUACCCAGCGCGCGAGACCCAGCCCGCGGCCAGGCCAUGGCAGUCGCACGGGGGAUGUGUUCCCACUAUUAAAGGGGAUGGACAGUCCUAUUACGACACCUCUUAUCAAGCACAGUUUAAGGGUGAAUGGCGUCCACCUGCAAAGCCAAGUGAAAAGCACGUGUCUCGUAUUAAAUUUGGGGAGCCCAGAAGCAGUGGAUCUUUGAGCGAGCAGAAACACGCCUACAGUGCCCCAGAGAAGAGGACACACAGAGCCUACGACAAGGAACGUGCUGCCUCCCAGAUCCACCACACGAACCUGCAGCUGGGGGAUGGUCGCACCAGAUUCUCCACCUCGACAUCAGAGCUCUUCCCGGUGCACAAUCCAGAGCCUGUAACUAUUGUCCGUCCAAACAAAUACGCUUCAUCCAUCCCCAGAGGUGAUGAAGACCCUGAGAGAAAUCAAGCGUUGGCAAGAACUACUACUACGCAGCUCUCCUACGCAGAGACUGACAGGUGGAACCUCGCACCGAAGCCUGACCUGCUGAAGCAUCGAAGCAAAAUCUGCUUGGGAGAUGAGCGUUCAGCCUCCCGUUUCUUCAGCACAACGCAGCAGGUGGACUAUCAGCCGCCCCGCCAGAGCCAGAGGGUGAUGGCAGACAGCAGGAGCCACCGUGAGAGCCACGUCCCCUUCAACCACCAUGAUGAAAGUUCUGUCACAGCCACACAGGCCAUGCUGGUCCCACACAGACAGCAGAAACGACGACUCUCCGAAGACAAGUUACAGCAGAUCAAGAGCUCACACCUGGAGCUACCCUGGAGGGCACAGGACCUCUACAGGACUGAGCAGAAAGACGAGUUCACGCCCAAGUCCAGAAGCCCAGCAGAAAUCCAAAAGGCAAACUCCCAAGUGAGCUGCGUGCCCCUGGGGACCCUGAAAGGAUACUGUCCCCAGAGGAAGGUGCUCUUUGAACUUGAGACACAGAAAGUAAAACUGGCUUUUGGGGUAAGGGUCUUUGCUUUCUAA